CCAGCUCAUUGACAAAACAUGAGGAGUACGGCACCAUCGAGUUGUCGGAGCAGAGCGUGUGGACUGUAUUUAAAGGCCAGAGAAAACGUUUUAGUCUGCGUGAGUUUGGACAGCAGCAGGAGGAAAAACAUUUAGUCCUUAAUCAGCAGUUUUGAAAUGAAGCCAAACCAUAAAGAAUCACUCCUGAAACAACAAGGAUAUUAAACUUGGACUACAUAGCUUGACUCAAUCCUGAGCUCCAUCACACUGAUGCAUCCUGGGUAUGGCCUGUCAAAAUGGUGCUGUGCUGAAGUAAGAUGGCCUCCGACAGAAUGGCAACUCCUCUGAGCAGCUCCAGACAGAGCAGCUCACUCUCUUCAUCUCCAAUGAGCACCCGGAUGCAAACCCUUCAGGUGGACUCUGUCCAGCGAUGGAUGGAGGAUCUCCGGCAUAUGACAGAGGUGGAGUGUAUGUGUGUCCUCCAGGCCAAACCCAUUGGGGUGGAGGAGGACACCCAGCAAGGCGAGCUGAUUGUAGGCACCGGGGUCGGCGCAGGUGACCAUGUGGCCAGGAACAACCUGCAGAUACUCCUCCGCCGAGCGCUGGUGGUCAGCACAGAGCUCGGCAAGAUGUUCCAGCGGCUGGAGAAAGGACGCUGGCAAAGGGUCCACAGCACAGCUGUACGAGCUAACUGUCACGUUCGCUCACUGGUGCACGAGUACAGUGCUGCACGGAGCACACCACCUGAGAUGCAGAAGUAUGAGACAUCUUUGCUGGAGAAGUGCAUGGAGCUGACCAAUAUCACAGAGAGGUGCCUUCACACCGACGACGAAUUGUUCCUUAAAUCCAUGAGGGAGGCCAUCCAUGAGAUCCUCACUGAUGUCAGCGAUUCAUUUAGCAACAUGAUCGACAUGGCCUUAGCUAAUGAGAUCCGGGUCCUGAUCAAACAGAUUGAAUCGUCGGACAGCAUUCACAUCAUUGGCAGUGCCAUUAGCAACCUGUUGUCCCUCACGCAGGAUGGACCUCAGCUCUGCAGCAUCAUUGCCAAGGAAGGAGCUGUGGUGGCCCUGUUCAAGAUCUGCAGGCAGGACCGCUUUAAAGACCUUUACGCACAUGCUCUCAGAACAGUGGCCUCCAUCUGCUGUGUGGAGGAGGGAAUCAACCAGCUGGACAAGGUGGAUGGGAUCCUGUGUCUGGCAGACAUCUUGACUGAUGAAAGCAGUGUGGAAGCAGCCAGAGCCGAGGCGGCGGCAGUUGUGGCCCAGAUCACCUCGCCUCACCACACGUCCACUCAGCACCUCGCCAGCUUCCUGGAGAGCAUGCAUGACAUUGUCACUUCGCUCAUCAAGUUGUGCGAGAGCGCCUCCUGUGGUGAAGUAUUCCUCCUCGCAUCUGCAGCCUUGGCCAACAUCACCUUCUUUGACAGCAUGGCCUGUGAGAUUCUCCUUCAGCUCAAUGCCAUCCACAUCCUGCUGCAGGCCUGCAGAGAUCGCCAGAGAGUGGACACACCGUACUCCAAAGACCAGGUGGUGACAAUUUUGGCAAACCUGUCCGUCUUAGAGCAGUGUGCCUCUGAAGUCCUGCAGGAACAAGGAACAGAGCGACUGCUCUUCUUUUUGGGAGAAAAGCCAUCCUCUUCCAGUCCAUCAGAGGGAGCUGCUUGUGAGCGUGUCCAGCAGAAAGCUGCGGUCACGCUGGCCCGUCUGAGCAGAGACCCUGAUGUUGCCCAAACGGCUAUCCAGCUAAAAGCUGUUCCUCUUCUUAUUGAACUGUGUCGGUCCCCUACUGAGAGAAAUAACAGCGACUCAGUGCUGGUCGCUUGCCUGGCUGCCUUGAGGAGACUGGCAGCAGGGUGUCCAGACAGCAUUGAGGCAGCCGACCACCAGCAGCUCAUCAAACCGCGGCUGGUGGACUCUUUCCUGCUGUGUUCCAACAUGGAGGAGAGCUUUGUAUGAUGGUCCGGACACUCGACACUGAGACACAACCAUGUACAUGUAAUGUGUCGUGACACGGAGAGGACUACAGAGCAAUUACAUUGCAAAACAUUCUGAGUGACCAUUUGUUUGUCACUCUGGGUUAAAGAAAUGAAACUGCGUCGUCAGUGUGAACGGACGCAGAACGACGUAAAUAAAUGUGCUGCGUCGGUGACGUCAUGAGAAUGCUAGACCUGUUCUGAAUGAAACACUUUAUUUGCUACCACUGUGCAAUGUUUUUGUUUGAAGAUUGAAGAUUUUUUUUUUUGUUCUGUUGCAUUUUGACUUAUCAAAACAGUGGAUCGUACAGUAAAAAGGCUCCUGUCUGAUUUCACAAUGUAAAAUGUCCAAAGUGUAUGUGCUUUAUUUCCUUGUAACUCUCUCUUUUUUUUAAUGUUUUAAAUCAGCUGCCACUUUAUUUCGGAUAACCAUUUAAAAGUAAAUUAUACAUGUUUUCUGUGUGUAUGUUAUUUGUCUACCUUUAUUGUCAGGGCACAAUUGAUAUUUAAUUUUUUUUUUUAUUUUACAGAAGCAUAUGGCGACGUAAUCUACAUAUUAGUCCUGUUGUGGAAUGAAUUGUUUCUUUAACAGCACCGUAUGGCUGUUGAACGUAAUUUGCCAUUAAUCAAGUAAAACACAUAUUUCCUACUGGAAAAUAUCAUUUUAAAAUACUCAUGAAUUUGAAUAUUAAGUUGCUUUUAUUUAAAGAGAAUUACCAUUAUUGUAUGCUAUGCAUGGAAUAAAGGCAAGCAUCUCGCUCAUGA